UGUAGAUCAGAUGUAGAGUGGUCUUUGCAGUGAGACUCAAGCAGCUCUUCAACAGCCUUGCUCUCAACUUGAAAUCCAACUUGCUUUGCAAGAUCAACGCAAUGUUCUUUGAUUCUUGCGAGCUCCUCUGAUGGAUCAAAACCUUUUAAAAUCUUGACAAAAGUCUGGGAGAAGCUUCUGCCAAACUGCAUACAUACACAUUUCCACGCCAACAUGACAACAGCUUCCACGUCUAAACCAUAUACAUCCGAUAACCAAUGCAGUGUUUCAGCAGAAAAGCUCGGCCAGAUAAGGCCAAAGACACCUCUGCUGAACAUUCUGCACGAAGCAGGUGCUUCUGGAGAACACUUCACAUUGAAGGAGAUAAUGCAUUAUCUUGGUCAGUAUAUAAUGUUAAAGCAACUCUAUGACCAACAGCAACAGCAUAUUGUACACUGUGGAAAUGAUGCUCUUGGUAAAGUAUUUGGGGUGCAGAGCUUCUCUGUUAAAGAUCCAAGCCACUUGUAUGGAAUGCUUUCGAGGAACCUGAGAACUGCCAAUUUUCAAGAUGCUGCACAGACUCGCACACUUGUAAAGGAUACGAAAUGCCUGCCUAUGAGGGAAGAUCGUCUGAAGUGCUCCGCAUCGGGGGAACUUAGUGAAGAGGGAAUAACUUCCUGGAACAUACCAACUUCAGCUACCUCACAUUUAAAAAGAAAGAACUCUGAAUCAGAUGAGUCUGUGACAGAUGAUCAAUCUGAACGUCAGUCCAAAAAUAGUAUUUCCGGUCUUUGGGAUGCUGCUGCACUGCCUUGGUGGUUUAUUACAAGUUUGCGUUCAAACUAUGGAAGCCGAAAGAGUGGAUCAACUGAUAUUUGCAGCAACCAGGAUAUUGACACUGCCAUUGUUUCUGACUCGACUGAUGAUCUCUGGUUUCUGAAUGAGCCUGCCAGUGACCAAGUGAAUGUGGAAAUCAAAUUGGAAAAGUUUGAAACAAAAGAAAAAGAUUUGUGUGAGAACCAGAAAGGAGGGGAAGAUAAAAAUACAGAUUGCAAGGAGGCCUAUUCCUCCCUUCAGGUUACAAUAUAUGAAGCUGAUGACGACUUGCCAUGCUCGGGGGAGGCUACUGACACAGAAAUCUCUGAUUCAUUUGAAAACUCUGAUGAUUUUUUAAAGGACUCUUGGAAAUGUACCAACUGUAAAAAGUGUAAUCCAUCUCAGAAGCAAUAUUGCCUGUGGUGCUGGGCACUUCGUGAAGGCUGGCACCUCAAUCCCAAGUUCGUACAUUCAACAUCUGACCCAUUAAUUACUGGCUUUGAGGUGACAGAGGAAGGUGAAGACAUUGAUGUUCCUGACUGCAGAAAGUCUGUUUCUGACCCUCUGAUUCAGACUGAACAACUAAAAUGCAAUGAGAAAGGAAAAUAUACCCAACAUAACUCUUCAGAGUCCUUAGAUAGACUUUCACAGCCAUCCACAUCAAGUAUCAACUUGUCAAGGAAUAAAGAGGAACUUAAGUCUGAAGAAACAAAAUCUCAGUGUGAAGACUCCUUACAUUUUCAGAGAAACCGCUUGGGACCCUGUCUUGUCUGUGGUGUGCGCCCCAGGACUGGGAAUAUUAUCCAUGGAAAGACAGGACAUCUAGUAGCAUGCUAUGCAUGUGCUAAAAUGUUACAUAAGCGUAAACUGCCUUGUCCUGUGUGUGUGCAGCCAAUUAAUACAGUUAUAAGAACUUUUAUAGGAUAGCUACAUGCUGUGCCGUCAAGUGAAAUGCAAAGCUAUCUUUGCUUAUGACUGUUGUUCCAGCUGAGCUUUUCCACUUGCCUUUGCAACAUGGAGAGGUAAUGGGUAAAGAACAGUAUGCUGGAAGAGGCAGGAAUCCGUCUUGGUCUAUCUGGAGCAAUGGUGUUUUCUCUGCAUCUCUGCAGAGUUCAAGUUUAAUGAGGUAAAUUGAAGUACUGUAAACACAACUUAGAGUUUUAUGUCAUUUGAACCAGGACACAACAUAUGUUGGCAGUUAACAACAUUCACAACAAGUGCCAUGCAUGCUAGUGGAGCCAAUAUGUUUGGAUUGUGAUAAGGUUUGCCAAGAGUGUUCUUUUUUGUGUUAGAAUGGUGUAGAUUCUGUUCUGUAUAACAUUGGGUUCUAUUGUAAUAUUUAUUUUGGUUUUGAAAGUUCUGUGCAGUUCUUUGAUUAGCAAUGGUACAAAAUCUAUUAACUUUUAUAGUCAUUAUAUUUAUCGAUGAAACUUUUGAAGCUGACCAGUGGUAGUUUUAAAAUUGGGCCAGAUUUUGUAGUUGCCCUCUUUGCAAGUUGGAUCAAAAAUUACUUGCUGUGUCUCAGUGUCCAAGUUGCAGAGUUCUGCUUUCAAAUACUUUUGAGCUAUAAAUUCUUUGAAACAUCGUGGUUGUGAUGUGUAAAUGCAUGUUUCUUUAAUCUUCUGCUGUAGUCACGAGAGAUGCUAUCGUCUGCAGUCAUCUCGAGUGCCAGUUAGUGCUAGCUAGAAUUUGAAAUGCUAUGCUGCUUUUGGCAUAUUAAACAACACUAAUCUAGUAACCAUUUUUAUUUUGGCCAUUGAUUCUAGACUUAUUUAGCAGUUGAUACCCAGGCAUUUGAGGAAUGAGGAAAUUGCCCAUAAUCCGUUGCUUUUAAUGUCAUAUUUCAUCUGCUCCUCAUUUCCCCUCUUGAUUCCACUAUUGCGUGCACAGCCUGUGAGUAAUCACAACAUUGAUGGCUGAAAUUUUUUUAAUCUUUACAACUAUAGUUUGGAAGGACAGGAAUUAAAUUACCUGUGUUGUUUUUGGGAUUUAUACUUCUUUGAAUCUAGUGACAAUGCUGGAUGUCGUGACUUACUGUCAGUGUUAAAGCUAAUAUUUCUUCUAAAUUUCACAACAUAUGCUGGUGUCCUUAAAAUGGCAUUUUAGUUGUUAAGUUCUGGAGCAGAAAGGUUUCAGAGAAAAUCAAACUGUUGUUCUGUACAGUGGCCAGUACUUUAGCAUCAAUGUUUCCAUGAAGAAUAUGACAAAUGUUGUUUAGUAAUUGAGCACUUUUUUAAAAAAUUAAAUAUAUUUUUUUUUUGGUUUUUGACAACUUUUGUGUUUUUGAUUAGGGUAUCUACUGUUUGACAUUUCUGGGAGUCUUCUGGUGUGACAGUUUAUACUAAGCUGCGGUUAAUGUGCAAUAAUUCAGUACUACCAGAGAGUAGAUUUGCUUCAAUAAAAUAAUUGAUAUACUGA